UUCAGUGGCUUCUGGAGGUUUGCAGCCGUGGCGGCUCCUCGGGCCGUCUCUGCCUCCUUCUGCGGCCGCGCUCCUGGCCCGGCCCGGCGCCCUCCGGAUCCACUGAGGAUGAGUUUCCCGGCCUGCCAGCGCACGUCCUCCUGCGACCGUCCCAGCGCCUUCAACUAGCGAUUGGUCUUUCUUGCAAUUAUGGAUAUCUAAAAGAACUAGACAGAGUGGAGGGGGAGCCCCCCUCCCCACUCCAUUUGUUGCUUUUUGGAAACUUUUUUUUCUGGACAGUAAUAUAUUUUGUAAAUUAAAAAUGAAGAAAUGAACUCUGACUUUAUAUUGAUAAAGUUAUUUAUUUUUUUAAGAAUCAAGCCUUAAUAGCACAAAGAUUCCCGUGGAAGCUACCCGAAACUUGGAAAUUAUGAACUUCUUGUGAAAAAAGAGCAAAGCGAGAGUUUGCAGAGCCUUAUCUUGCUUAAAGGAACAGUUCAGUGGGAAAUAACAUGAGUUCUUUGGUGCCUGAUUGUACCUUGAAGUGUCGAUCACUACAGCAUGCUUUAGAUAUUGUUUCAGUAGUGACUCGGGGAAGUGAAGGUCAGAUCAAAGCCUUUCUCACUUCUCAUUGCUAUAAUGCUGCAACAAGCAAGGAUAUGUUUGGCAGGAAUGCCCUCCAUAUUGCCUCUUCCUGUGGUAAAAAGGGAGUGCUGGACUGGUUGGCAGAAACAAACGGAGUGGAUUUGUUGGCAAAAGACAAGGAGUCGGGAUGGACAGCGUUGCAUCGUGGCAUUUUCUAUGGCCAUAUAGAUUGUGCAUGGUCAUUACUAAAGCAUGGUGUGAACUUGUAUGCUCAGGAUAAAGAAGGCUUGUCUGCUUUGGAUCUUGUCAUGAAAGACAGGCCAGCCUUUGUUACCUUCAAGAAUACAGAUCCCACAGAUGUCUAUACAUGGGGAAACAACAUCAAUUUUACUUUAGGGCAUGGUGGUCAGCAGAGUAGACAUCAUCCUGAGUUGGUGGAUCUCUUUCCUCGAAAUGGCAUUUAUAUUAAACAGGUAGUACUCUGCAAAUUUCACUCUGUGUUCCUUUCCCAGAAAGGCCAGGUUUACACCUGUGGACAUGGUCAAGGAGGACGCUUGGGGCAUGGUGACGAACAGACUUGCUUGAUUCCUAGACUGGUAGAAAGCUUGGUUGUUCAUCAGUGUUCACAAGUAGCAGCAGCUAAAGAUCAUACACUUGUACUAACAGAAGAUGGAUGCUUAUAUGCCUUUGGCAUCAAUACUUUUCAUCAACUUGGUAUACUUCCUCCUCCUCCUAACUGCAGUGUUCCCAGACAGGUUCAAGCAAAAAAUCUUAAAGGAAGGACAGUGAUUGGUGUGGCUGCUGGCAGGUUCCAUUCAGUACUAUGGACCAAAGAAGCAGUCUAUACAGUGGGACUGAAUGGUGGACAAUUAGGAUACUUGCUAGAUCCUAAUGGAGAGAAGUGUGUAACUUCUCCUCGCCAAGUCUCUGCUCUACAUCACAAGGACAUCAAUGUGUCCUUUGUCACUGCAAGUGAUGGUGCCACAGUUUGUGUUACUGAAAAAGGAGACAUCUAUUUGCUUAGUGACUAUCAGUGCAAGAAGAUUGCUUCCAAGCAACUAAACCUAAAAAAGGUUCUUGUAAGUGGAGGGCAUUUGGAUUACAGAGUGAAUCCUCAACAUCUUAAAGAAAAUGGAGGUCUGAGGAUUUAUAUUCUUGCACUGGAUCAAGCUGGACGAGUGUUCUGCUGGAAAUCUGCCAACAGUCCAAUGAAGCAGUGCCGAUGGAUCUAUGGCCGCCAAGUGUACAUGUCUGAUAUUUUUCUAAAUAGGAAUGAAAUUAUGUUUGUUACACAGGAUGGUGAAGCUUUUAAGGGAAAAUGGAUGGAUGGGAACAAACAUUCAGAAAAGAGAGAGAUUGUGUCAAAUCUUCAGAAUUCGUCAAGUGAUCUCUCAUCUUAUGAUGGAAACAAUGUAUAUGAACGAAUACAACUUGAGAAACUUGCUUUUGUUCACAGAGCAGUCAGUAUUACCACAGAUCCUAAUGGAUGUAAUCUUGCUGUUUUACAAUCAGAUCCCAAAACAAGUUUGUAUGAAAUUCCAAAUGUGUCAAGAUCCACCAUUACUGAAGAUUUUGGAAAGUUGUUGAGAGAAGCUGAAGUUAUGGACACCAUCCAUGACGUAACUUUCCAGGUUGGCACUAGGAUGUUUCCUGUGCACAAAUACAUGUUGGCAAUGCGCUCUGAUUUUUUCCGGAAACUCUUUGUAUCAGACCAGAGUUGGUUAGAUUCUGCUGACCUUUACCGUAAAGAUAAAGAUGAUGUUGGCUGUGAUCUUUUUGUGAUGGAGAAACUUCAUCCAGACUUGUUUAUGUACCUUCUCCAGUACAUUUACACAGACUCAUGUGAUAUGCUGAUUCAUGGCUACAGGCCCAGAAUGGUGUACAAAGAAAGAGUGGAAGAGAAUGAAGACAACUUAAUUACAAACUUGAAUAAAAUAGCUAUUCAUGGGGAUGUUAAUAACAAGUCUGCAUUUGCGGUUUAUAGACACAACCAAGGGCAGAUGAUGAAUGAAAAACAGAGGAGUAAAUCAAAAACCACUUCUAAAAAGUGCAAAGAUGUGGGAGAAGAAAUGAAUCUUAUUAAAAUGUUGCAAAUUGCUGCAAAGAAAUUUGGUCUUAGUAGUUUAAGUUCAAGGCUAGAUGGAAUCAGAAUAGAAAAUGGAAGAAUUAAUGUUGUGAACAGCAAAAAAGGCAACAAACCAAAGUUCAGUCAGAAAAAAUGUUCAUACCUCUGUGAUGUGACUAUGAAGUCUAAAGAUGGAAAGGAAUUCCCAUGCCACAAAUGUGUACUAUGUGCAAGACUUGAUUACUUUCACAGCAUGCUGAGCAACUCUUGGAUUGAGGCAUCACGUUGUGCAUCUCUAGAGUUGCCAUUCCCAUCUGAAAUCCUGCAGGUCAUCCUGGAUUAUAUCUACACAGAUGAAGCUGUUACAGUAAAAGAAUCUCAAAAUGUGGAAUUCAUCUGCAAUGUUCUUGUGGUAGCAGACCAGCUCCUUAUGUUACGAUUAAAAGAAAUCUGUGAAGUAGCCAUUACAGAAAAAUUGACUUUAAAGAAUGCUGCUGAGCUCCUGGAAUUUUCAGCCACAUAUAAUGCUGAACAGCUAAAACAGUCUUGCUUGCAGUUUAUCGUAGUAAACAUGGCAGCCAUACUUGAAACACGAGUUCUGGAUGUUUUAAGUGAUGAAGUUUUGAAGGAUCUUUCUACCUCUUACAGAAAAAUGAUUCCUGCUAUGGAUCGCAGAGUAAUUACUCCAUACCACGAUGGUCCUGAUAUUAGUUCUCUGGAGCCUGAGGAAGGAGAAACAUUUGUCUUCCUAAAAGAAGAACUGAGUACAGAGCAAGCCUUGCAAGAAGCGCUUCUCAAGAAAGUUAAAGCAAAGGCUAAAAAGAAGCCUCGAAGACGGUCAGACAGUUCAGGAGGGUAUAACCUGUCAGAUAUUAUCCAGAAUCCACCAACUACAGUACAUGCAGGAAUAUUGAAACUGGAUAAAGCUAAUUCUGUUGAAUCCCUCCCUGAAAUGCUGACGUCUGAUUCCGAAGGCAGCUCUGUGGGAGUGAACAGUCCCAGAGAUUUGCAGUCUCCUGAUUUCACAGCAGGACUCCAUACAGAUAAAGUUGAGCUUAGAGUGAAAGAGAACAUGGGUAUUUCAGAUACAUUUGUUUCUCAUGCCAACAAAGAAGUAAAAAUCUGUCGUGGAUCAUCAGUGCAGAAAAGUUCUCUUCCGCAGAGUAUUCCUAGUAACAAAAACACCUAUGUGAGUUCAUCCAACUGGGUUGCCAGCUCUUUUAGUCCUGCCAGUCCUCCUGCUGUUGAUUUAAGAACUAUUAUGGAAACUGAAGAAAAUCUGCAGAAAUGUGGGAGUGUGCCAAAGAUAAAUUCAGGUAGAGCCACUUCUCAUGGAAAUAAACUUUCUCAGAAGCAAAGGAAACUGAUUGCUCUGGCUGCUAAGGAUAAUAACCCAGAGGUUGUGCCUGAUGCAGUAGUGCUAUCUACAGCUCCCAAAACUACAAAACCAGCGACUGUGUGGGCUUCCUCAUUGCAUUCUGCUUUGCCAAAAUCAUUCCGUGACCUCCUGUCAGAAGAAAAAAAAGUAGUUGGUGCCAAUUGUGCUAGAGCAAUGGAGAAUGUACCAGCUCAAAAAUGUCUGAG